AUGAGUGAAAACAGCCUCUACGGACCGGAGCACAAGCGCUGCGCUGGCAAUCGGCACCAGACACCAGCCAGAGCCCCACGACGCCGCUGUCCUGGGCACCGUCUCCGUCCUGACUGCGAGGGGCUUCCCCCGACCCCCGCACCAGAGGGGCUGAGCGGCCAGACCCUGGUCGACGUCGGGUGCGGCCCCACCAUCUACCAGCUCCUGUCGGCCUGCGAGCGCUUCCAGGAGAUCCUGGCCCUGGACUACACGGACCAGAACCGCCGGGAGCUGCAGAGGUGGCUGAAGAACGAAGCGGGAGCCUUUGACUGGAGCCCGGUGGUGAAAUACGUCUGUGAGCUGGAGGGGGACAGGGAGAAGUGGGCCGAGAAAGAGGAGAACGUGAGGAAGAAGGUGAGGCAGGUUCUGAAGUGCGACGUGACCAGAGCCAACCCCACAGAGCCCGUGUCCCUGCCUCCCGCCGACUGCCUCCUCUCCACCCUCUGCCUGGAGGGCGCCUGCAAGGACCUGGCCACCUUCCGCGGCGCCCUGCGGAACAUCGGGGCUCUCGUCAAGCCGGGGGGGCACUUGGUGCUGCUGACCGUCCUCCGGGAGACCUACUACGCCUUUGGCAACCAGGUUUUCUCCUGCCUCUACCUGGAGAGGAGCGACGUGGAGGAGGCCGUGGGGGCCGCGGGCUUUGACGUGAGGUUCAGCGAGGUCCAGCCGCACCCGCCCGGUGACGCCCGCACAGACUGCGACGCCGUGCUGAGCCUCGUGGCGCGCAGGUGGGACCCCGGCACCGGGUAACGCGGGGCCCUGGGCAGGAAAACAGCAGCGUCUCUGCUCACCAAGAGCCCCAAGGGUGCAACCCGCAGCCUCUUGCCUCUGUAGCUGAAAGCAAAUAAAUGCACGAGUGCUC